GUUGGCACAAAAGUUCGGAUUUUCCUUUCUCUCAGUCUGAGAAUACAACUGGAAUAUUUAAUAUCACUCCUAAUCUUACACCGCUUUAGAGCGUAUUUUCCAAAGAACGUGGAAGUAACGAUUUCCGACUUUGAUGGAGUUCUCUACAACAUCUCCCAAAAGACAAACUCAACGAUACUCACUGUCAGUAUUACGUUGAGAUUCUUCAAAGAAAUUGAAAAGUUUGGUGCAUCCAAGGUGCUGAGCAGAGAGUACGGCUCUUUCCUGGCAUCUCGUCCGGAGGGAAGCGCAUCGGUAACCUUGCAAAUCGACUGCGAAAAACUUCCAGACAACGUCGAGGAACUGGCGACUAAAGUUGCAAUGCUACGUCGGCACUGCUUUGCCAGCGUGUUUGAACACUUUUUUGACUACCAGAUGUCCAAACCUACGCAGACCCUCCAAGGCAUUAUCCACUUUAGGACAGAUGAAACUAUGUACGCGCAAUUUGAGGAAACUGAGGCUCUAGUCUCAAAAAAUUACGCGAUGAAUUCUAUUCAAAUUUUAUAUACAAAGGGUCUACGUGCUUUGUGUUUACAUGGCAACUGGCUUUUUAAUUUAAGGUUUGUUCAGGCAAUGUCGGACAGGGUAACGGUUAUAUUCAGCACCCGAUUCAAGGAUCCUGGCGAUAUUGUCUUGGGCAAGACUUUCCUCCAGGUAAUCACUUUAAAUUUUGCAAUUAAGGAGAAAUUAGCUUGA